CAUGCCCCCACCUUCUCUGAGGCUCUGUGCCCCUCUUGGGGUCUCUGCCCGGCUCUGUCCAAGCCCACGCCCCUGUGCCUAGACCCCUUCUUCCCGCUCCCCAUCCCCAGCCCGCAGGCCCCCCAUUGGCUGGAUUCAGCGAGGGAGGGUUCUGUCCCUAUGGCAACAGCCACAACAAGCCUCCGGCCCGGACGCAGGGCGGGAGGAGGGACCAUGGCCGGUCAGCUCCUAGCUCUGCGCUCUGGCCCGCUCUGGCCCCCCAUCUCUGGGACCGAGGACCCAGGGUCCUGGCCCGACUGGCAUCUCACCAGCAGCGGCGUCGCCCACCACAUCAUCCCGUCCGUGCCCUUCCGCCCGCCCACGCGGCAGUCCACGGCGGCGGAUCCCCUGCCCCCGCUCGCGAAGCCGGACUUGCACAUCUGGGAUUUCGACGAGGUCAUCAGCCGCUGGGAGACCACCUCUGGCUCGGCCCACGGGGUGCUCAAGACCCACGGCGGGCCCUACUCGCAGCCCAAGGUGCCGAAGCCCAAGGCCCUGGAGCGGAGCGUGGGGAUGAAGGAUUUGGGGGAAAAGCUCAGCCGCCAGGGCUGGUGCCUCCCGCUGACCACCCGGCACCAGCGCAGCGAGGCCCAGGCGCACUUCGCGUGGCCCGACCUGCGCCUGCGCGCGCGGCCCCUGCGCUUCGCCGACCACCACUUCGCGGGCGUCUCCCAGACCCUCAUUCCCUGGAGGCAGAGCCCGGAGCUGGCCGGCCGGCCUCUGGCGGUCUCCAACCAGGGCAUCCUGGACCACUUCCAGCUCUACCUGCCCACCGCCGCCGCCGACUUCCGCGCCUUCUCCAGGAAGGAGUUGCCACCCUUGGAACGUGACCCCCAGAAGCAGUGCUGCCCGCGCUCCUGGCGGCCGCCGCCGCCGCCGCAGACCCGCGUGCCGCGCGCGCUCCCGGUGGCGCCGGCGGUGCCGCACCGCGGGGCGCUGUCCCUGGCGCGGGAGUCCUACGGCCUCCCGCUGCACCCGCUGCGCCGGCUGGACCCCUUCCUCCCGCCGGGGCUGGCCUGGCGGGCCCCGCACCGGAGCCCCGUGCCCCGCAUCCACAGCGUGCCGCUGGCCUACCGCACCGAGAGCGCCCGCUACGGCAGCGGCCGGCCCGCGCUGGUCUGAGCGCCCGGGCCGCCCCGACAGGACAC